AUGCCAGGGUCAACACCUCGAGUAGACCAGUGGCCCCCAGACAUUCUGGAAGAACCUCCAGGCAAUGAGAGAACAUGUCUGACAAGAUGUGGUCAAGAGAAUAUAGAUACCCCAUGCAGACGGAAAAUACAGCAUGCUGUAGUUUAUGAAGUUGAGGGCCCAGAUUUAGCAGCAGAACGUCUGUUCCUACCUCUGCCCCAUAUGGAGGCCAUGACUGUGACCCCGAAUGCCUCUGAGUUUGUGCAUUUUGAGGACCAGACGCAAGAGCUUUGGAAAAACCAAGUCAUGAAAGAAAACUUUUCAGUUGUAAGACCACAAAUAGUUGAAAAUUUUAUACAGAGAUUAAUGGAGAAUUACCAGGAUGGUGAGUUAGAGAUCACUUUCAGGAAAGACCACCUCGAGGCCUGCCUCCUUUCCUUGAGUUGUGAUGUGAUGGCAAGAGAACGCAGCAACUUUGAGACCUACUCCAUGUGCUAUGAGCGGGUGUUGCAGCAUGCGAGGCAAAGGCUCUGCCAGAAGCAGCAAGAGUUAGAUGUUAUACAAAGAAGUCAGAGGCCACCUGAAGAACAUGCUGGUCAGGUUGCUGAGCUCAGCCAUGAUAUGAUCGUGGAAAUCACUGCUCUGAGAGCCCGACUCACCGAUCUAGAAGAGGAGAGUCUGAGUCUCAAAAAGCAGAUUAGAAAAGAAGUCCAAGAAGAAUAUGAAGCAUUAGUCCAAGCCUUGUUUGUGACCUGUUUACACAUAAAAGAGAAGCUGGAUGAGAACCAGCUUAAUUUGAUCCAGAAAGUGUGUGAGCUAAUCAGCGAGGUGAGAAGAGACGGGAUUGACAAUAUGAAAGACCUAAAGAAAAAAUGGGGCUCUGCCAGACCUGAAGAAGAAAUAGAAGAGAACCCAGCCAAAGAGCAGCUGCAGGCCUUGGAGGAGGACAACUGCAGCCUGGCCGCCCUGGUGUGCAAAGCCAGGAUCCUGGGCCGCGGGAGGCUGGCCGUGCAGCAGGCGCACUUCCGGGGCCAGCUGAGCAGGGCAGAAAAGGUGAGCCUAUUCAAAGUAAAAAAGUGUUUGAGCAUCAAGCUAAUAGCAGAACGAGAAGUGGUUUUGUUUCGUCAAGAGCCGCUGGCGCUCAGGCAGGCCCUUGCCAGGGCUCAGGGUGACAACGUGCGCACGUGGAAGUGGCAGGAGAACCAGGUUCAGUUGCUGAAGGAGUUAGAACACAGAGUGAAUGAGGAAGCUCUCGACUGGCAGCAACUGGAUUUACUGAAAACAUCCAGCAUGAAGAAGCUCUGCGAUGCGGAGCAAAAAGAACAGCAACUGCAGCGCCUUAUAGAAGAGGCUGAGAGGGCUUCUAAACUGGGCCAGUUUCAGCAGAAAAAAAUCAAGAGAGAAAUCCGACAGAUGAGAAGCCGGCUUGCCCAGGAGCGCAGUGUGAAGCUGGACACUUUCCAGCAUGUAGAAGAGCUACAAAGUCAGCUUAAUGAUGCUGAGCAAUCAUCUGUCCAGAUGAGCUCACCAGGCGGCUUGGUAUCUCGGGCUCACUACUCCCUAAAUUCUGCUUCCACAACAUCCAGAUACUCCCAGCAACACUUUUUACAGACUAAUCUUACAGGCAGUAAAAUAACAAGAGGAACUCAAAGACCAAAGACUGUACCUACUAAACACAAAUAGAUUGAUGAUGUUUUCCUACCCAAUGUGCAAAAAAAUAUUCAACUUGCAGCUUUUCAAGUUCAAUCUGCUCCAUCUAGAAUCCCAUUCAGACCUGACUGGUAAUCAUAUCUCCUUCUCCCAAGUUUUAUUUCUGUAAGCAUUUGAAUAAAAAUUACUCUAAACACCAUUAAGCCUUUUAUCUAAUUUUUCUUAUCAGAAACUAUGAAGAUAAUGUAGGACUGAGAUGAUUAUAUCUUGAAUGUCCCAGGCCAAGUAGGGUUUAGCCCUAGAUUUGAAAACAUAAGUUGAUUUGUAUUCCUACUAAUAAUUUUUUGCCUCUCAACUAGCAGCAUCUCAAUAUGGAUUCUAGAGUUACUAAGAGGUAGAGAGCAAUUGCUGCAUCUCAUACUCCAUACCACAGAAAAAGAAGCAUGAUGCUUAAUAGGCCUUUUCGGAUUUUGAAGGUAACAUAUUUCAUAUUUGAGUGGGCUACUUCAACCCAGUUAUAGAAUCACCCAUAAGAUUACCAGAUUUGAGUGGGGACAAGAGCGAGAGAAGGCUCUGUUGCAAGUUCAGAUUAUAGUACAAGCUUGUCUACCAUGUAGCCUUUAUAAUCCAGCAGAUCCAAUGAGUCUCAAAGUGUCAUGGCAUAAAGGGAUACUGUAUUGAGCCUCUGUCAAACACCAGUAGGAGAAUCACAAUGGAGACCUCUAGGACUUUUGGAGCAAAUCUGUGCCUUCUUCUGCAGAUAACUAUUCUGCUUUUGAUAUACAGCUUCUGGCUUACUAAUGUGCCUUGGCUUGCUAGUGAACACCUAACCAUGGAUAUCAGGUGACAUGUGGCCUGAACUUCCUAUCAUGAUUUGGGUGUUGUGGGACCCACCUAGUCAUAAACUUGGGCAUGUACAGCAGGAAUUCAUCAUCAAAUGGAAAUGGUAUACAAGAGACUUAAGCUUGGGUAGGUCUAGAAGGUACAAGUAGGUUACACAAACAGGUGGCUCAGACUCUAACAUCAACUCCUAUUUUGUUGCCUCCUCUCUCUCAGUCCAUGAGGUGUUCCUAACAAGCUGGCCAAGUUUUAAAAAACUCAAGUGGACAGCUGCAGCACUACAGCUCCACUCAAGGGUGUCCCUGAAGUACAGUAUGAAAGAAAAUCCUCUCUGGACAUAACUUCAAGCUCUGGACAUGUGGUUGCCCACCAUGUCUGAACUGAUAGAUGGUCAGUACAGAUCUACACUAAUUCAUGAGCAGUUGCUAAGGGUUUGGCUGAAUUCUCAGGGACUUAGAAGAAACAAAAUGGAAAGGUUGGUGACAAGAAGUCUAGGAAGAGGUACAUGGAUGGACCUCUCAGAAUGGGCAGUCUAUAUUUUGUCCCAUGUGUAUGCCCAUCAGAGGGCAGCCACAGCAGAGGAGCCUCUUUAUUAAUGAGGUGGACGAAAUAAUGUACUCUGUGGGUGUCUGUCAGCCUCAUUCCCAGCCACCCCAGAGCUUGCUCAGUGGGCCCCUGAAUAAUGUGGCCAUAGUGGCAGGGAUAGAGGUUAUGCAUGGGUUCAACACUGACUUCCUCUUACCAAGGCUGAUAUGGCUAACACUACUGCCAAAUGCCUAAUCUGAGAAGAGCCAAGACCAAUACUGAGCACAAAAUAUGGCACCAAUCCCUUGGCAAGGGGUUGAACAACCAUCCACUUGGUAGCAGGUUGAUUAUAUUGGAACUUUUCCAUCAUAGAGGAAGCAGAUUCAUCUUUAUUGGGACUGACAUAUUCUGGAUAGGGAUGGCUUUCCCUGCCUUUGCUUCUGCCAGCACCAUCUGAUCCACAGGCUCACAGAAUGCCUUGUCCACCAUCAUGAGGGCAUUCCUCCUAAUGCUGAUUCUAAGUAAGCAAUCAAUUUCACAACAAAGAAAGUGCUGUAGUGAGCUCCUGCCCAUGAUAUUAACAUACCCCAAUAUACUGCACGGUCCCUGCCUGAGGCGAGCAGAGCAGGGGGGAACAGGCUGCUGCAGAUGGGUACCCAGAACCCCUCCCCCUGCCACGCAGGGUAGAUGUGGACCCACAGAGCUAGUGAGAGACAGAUCCCUUAAGUCCCGUUCUCCUAUCGGGAUAACCUUAUGGAACCAUGGGGGUACGUGCAGUCAGAUGUUGCCCAAACGCAUGUUAAGCAAUGCAUACCUGUAUAUUCAUACUGCAUGUACCAACACAGAAAUUAAGGAUUUGUUAUAGAUACAUACACUAACUUGUAAAGAUAUCCAAGAAGUAGUGAGUGAAAAAAAAGUUGUAAGAUGCCGUUAAAAAUCAGUAUAUACCUUCUAAAGGUACCCAUGUAUGUAAACUGUUGGGGGGAAAACGACUAAAAAAAAUUUUAACACGAAACCAAUAACAUGAUUACCUCUGGGGAUGCUCAAAGUAGUAUACAUUAUAAUGUUCUAAGAAAAAAAAAAAAAUCUAAGACAAUUUAUGUUAUUAAAUGAUUAAAACUUAAGACUUGAAAACAAAAACCCUAUCUUGAACUUUUCCAUUUGGCAAAGAUGGAGUAAAAGGGACUGGAUUUACCUUGAAACUAAAAAACUGGAGAAAAUAUGAAGCAAUGGCUUUCAAUACAUUGAAUAUCAGUUAGCAAAGGGACGUGAUCCCUGAAAGACUAAACUAUUGAUCCAGUUUACUGUCUUGUGUUUCCAGGCCAAAUGCAGGGAGAACCCAGGCAGACUCCAGUGGACUUCCUGAGUUAAGACAGAGAUAAAGUUUAUGGAGACUGAGGCAGCUAGAGUCCCAGGGGAAGAGUACCAAGAAGAGACAGCCAGAGAGAGACAACUCCAGAGGAUGCCCCUCAAGUAUUCAGCAAUGGACUGAUCAGCAUAUACAUAUGAGGAAACUCUCCAAGGCUGGGGAAAGGUUUAGAAGAAACAGUACCUAGAGGCCACACAGGCCAAAAAUAGUCUGUUCCCCUAAACCCAAACUAGAAAACCACAUAAUCCAAGGGGUACUGCAGUUCUCAGAAGGGACUUGACUCAAUAGUGGAGAACAGUUAACCCUAGCCUAAACAGCCUUAGCUCUGCUCUCACAUACCAAAGCUUUAAGGCAAGACCCAAAGGGACCAAACUGUUUUCAAGUUUCAACUAUAACCCAGAGCACAGCUAAUGAGUAUUUAUAGAAAUACAAAAAUAUCUGGCACUCAACAAGAUAGAUUUAUGUCUGGCAUCCAAUAGAUUAUCAGGUAUACCAAAAACAGGAAAAUAUGACCCAGGAGGAGAAAAAUCACCCAGCAGAAUCUAACACAGGCAUUAGAAUUAGCAGAUGUGGACAUUAAAGUUAUUACUCCAUGAUCCAAAAUUUGAGAAAAAAACUGAAAAUGUAAAGACAUGACCAAAGAUACUUCUAAAAAUGAAAACUACAUGAGAUGAAAAACACACUGGAUGAAACUAACAAUAGAUCAGACAUAUUAGAAAAUAUUAGCGACAUUAAAGACAGUAAUAGAAACUAUCUGAAACAAAGACUUAAAAAAAAGUGUCAACAAACUCCAAACACAAGAAAUGAAGAAUAAAACACCACAGGCACAUGAUAACCAAUCUUGCUCAAAACCAGUGAUAAAGAGAAAAAUCUUAAAAACAGCCAAAAGAAAGACAUGUAGAAGGAACAAAGAUAAAGAUAACAGAUUUCUUAUAGGACACAAUGCAAGUAAGACAGCGCAUCAACAUCUUUAAGGUACUGAGAGCAAAAAAUGCCAACCUAGAAUUUUAUAAUCAGCAAAAAUAAUCUUUCAAAAACCAGACAGACCCCUGGACACUCUGUUAACCCAGAACUAAAACCAUUCCCAAGUCCACUCUUCAAAGAUUAGACUUGACUAUAAAACAAAGCACUCAUGAAGACUGUGCUUCCUAGUUCAA